AGUUAUGUUAAUAAUGGUGGGGACAUAUUGAAACAAGUCAAAUACACAGAUAAACUUCUCUAAUCUCUCCCGCCACCCACUUCUAUCUUCCUCUAAUCUCGCCUCUCAUCUCUCUUUCUCUCUCCUAUCUCAUGUUUUGUCCUCAUAUAAAAGACAUUAAGCUCAUUCUUAGAUUAAGAAUCUUAAUCCAACUCUAUAAGUCAUCUCUCUCUCUCUCUCUCUCUCUCUCUCUGUUUUUGUUUCAUCUCUCUUAAAAACAAAAGCAAUGGCCAUUGUUGCCGUUGACGAUUCUUUCAAGAGACCAGGAACCGUACCUUUCAGCUGGGAGAUCCGACCCGGUGUACCCAAGACCCGAAAUUCUCAACCCGGUAACACUCCUCUGCUUCAGCCUCCCAAGAAACUCUCUCCUCUCCGUUUAAAACCAUUGUCUCACUCUCAGCCACUUAACCUGCCGGCGUUAUCUCCGCCGUCGUCUUCUUUCAUCUCCAAUUCCAAAAGCCGUCCUUUGUCUCCUCUCACUCCUUCCUUUUCUACUCCAUCGAAGCUCAAACCGCCACCACCGUCCCAAUCUCCAUUCUACUCUCCGGGACCUUCUUUCCGAUCAUCCCCGCGUGCUUUCUCUGAACGGUGGCAGCUCCACCGCCCUAACCGGGGCAGACCCGGAUCCGAGUCCGAACCCAGACCCGAUUUUGCUGUUGCCGGGUUGGGGUGUUUCCCGACGCCUAAGUUUAGGUUGAGGAAGAACAAGAGCAGUGGUCGGAGAAAAACCGGGUCGAGAUCGGAGCGUGAUUACUGCUCCGAUAAGGAGACGAUGUCGCCGUGGACUGUUUCUAGCCGAAGAUCGGUUUCUCCGAGAUGGGACUCGCCGAAAUCGUCGUUCUCUUCGCUCCGAUUCUCGCCACGAAUCGCCAACGAAGCUGAAUGGGUCGGGUUUGGGCUCUUUUGAGCACAUUUGGAUGAACGUCUCGAGAUCGGUUAUUUAGCCAUCCGAACCAAGGAAAGCUUGAAUCGCUCAAAUCAAAUUAAAGCAAAUCUUGGGCUAUAAUGGAAUAUUUAUAUAGUGUAGGGUCCUAAAUGGCUAUUAUCUAAUGUCAAUAUAAUAUGUCCAUUGUGGUGGAUUUACCAAAGACAACCCAAAAUUUUGAAGUUUUGAGUGUGGGAGAAAGGAAUGUAAGAAGAUGUGAAAGUCAAAUCUUAUUUUAUUUUGUAUGAAGUGUAUUUCAAAAAGGGCGAUUGUAUUAUAUACAUCUCUGAUCA